ACAAGUGUCGACUGUAAUUUUUCCUUUAAACAGUAGAAACAAAAUAACUCAUCGACCUAGUACGAUGUACGGCUUGGGAUCUUUCCUGUGGAACACUUUAGGUGUGCUGAGAGCUUUACUAGCCGUAGUCUACGCCUACUUCAAAUGGACCUAUCAGUAUUGGAAAAGGAAGAACGUGCCUUACUUCGAACCCACAAUACCCACCGGGAACAUGGGCAAUCCCUUCACAGUGAUCGUAAACGAUAGCUUUAAUGAGACGUACAGAAAAGCGAAAGCUAAAGGUUGGAAAUAUUGUGGACUAUAUUUGCUACUCACCCCGUCCCUACUGGUAGUGGACAUAGACUUGAUAAAAAACAUCUUAACGAAGGAUUUUCAACACUUUAUGGACAGGGGGACAUAUACGAACGAAAGAGACGAUCCUAUAGGUUGCCAUCUGUUCUCUCUCAGUGGUUCAAAAUGGAAGAAUCUAAGGUCCAAAUUGACACCUACCUUCAGCUCUGGCAAGCUGAAGGCGAUGUUCCAGACUUUGGUCGACUGCGGUUUGGUCCUUGAGAACUACAUCGAGCAAAAUAUCAAACCGAAAGAACCAGUAGACAUCAAGGAGGUCUUAGCAUGUUUUGCCACCGACGUCAUAGGUUCUUGCGCAUUCGGACUCGACUGUAACAGCUUCAAGGAACCAAACUAAGCCUUCAGACGUUUCGGGAACAAAUUCUUCUCCAUCAGUAAGCUUGACGCAAUCAGGUUGACGUUCACUGAGAAUUUUCCCAGGCUGGCGCGGGCUUUGAGAAUGCGCCAGAUCAGCGCCGAUGUCUCAGAAUUCUUCACGGGGGUGGUAAAGGACACAGUGUCGUAUCGCGAGAAGAACAAUGUGGUUAGAAAGGAUUUCAUGCAAUUGCUUAUAGAGAUCAGGAAUAAAAACGAAGGGAAGGAAAAUGGCCACCAUGUUUCAGGCGACGGAAAUACCCUGACAAUGGACGAGAUGGUGGCACAAAGUUUCGUAUUCUUCAUAGCAGGCUUUGAAACCAGCUCCACCACCAUGACCUUCGCCUUAUUCGAAUUGGCCGUUCAUCAAGACAUCCAGGAGAAACUCAGGGAUGAAAUCAAUGAAGUUUUGGCUAAGCACGAGGGCAAGCUCACCUAUGACUCACUCAGUGACAUGAAAUAUUUGGAACAGGUUAUAAAUGAGGCACUGAGGAUUCAUUCGCCAGCGCGGUUUCUACAAAGACUGUGUGUCAGUGACUACAAAGUAGAUGGAGAAGAUUUGGUCAUAGAAAAGGGCACUACCUUGUACAUCCCUGUACUAGGCCUUCAUUACGACGAAGAUUAUUGGGAGAAUCCAAAAGAGUUCGAUCCAGAGCGGUUCAGCGAGGAGAAGAAAAAGAAUAUGAACCAGUUCACCCACUUGCCUUUUGGUCAAGGGCCUAGGAUGUGUAUUGGCUUUGCCUUGCCUAGCACUGGUUUCGAAGUCUCCUGUGGGUACCUGAAACAUUUAGAAGCUUCGAAAAGCUUGUGUAGGCAUGAAACAGAUGCUAUGUCCUCUAUAAUAUCCGUUUUCCUAAACUCCCUAAGUAUAGUGGCGGCGUUACUGGCAGUAGUCUUCGUUUGCUUCAAGUGGAGAUACCAAUACUGGAAGAGAAAAAACGUACCCUACAUCGAACCCAGAAUACCCUUCGGCAGCUUGGGCAACCCCUUUACCGAUCCUACAGGCGACAAGCUUGUCGAGAUUUACAAAAUAGCGAGAGAAAGAGGUUGGAAGUACUGUGGAAUAUACGCAUUUGUAACUCCAAUUUUGCUGAUCGUGGAUGUAGAUCUAAUAAAGCAUAUCCUAACCAAAGACUUCCAACACUUCUCAGACAGAGGUAUAUACACCAAUGAAGAAGUUGACACCGUAGGUUGCCAUCUAUUUGCUCUCGGCGGAUACAAGUGGAGGAACAUGAGAAUUAAACUGAGUCCCACUUUUACAACCGACAACCUAAAAAUCGUAUUCCAGACGUUGGUGGCAUGCGGAUUGGUUUUAGAGAAGCAUGUGGAAGAUAAUAUUAAACCAGAUCAGCCCGUAGAUAUCAAGAAGCUUUUUUCAUGUUUCGCCAUCGACGUAGUAGGAUCCUGCAACUUUUCCCUUAAUUGUAACAGUUACGAAGAACCAGACUCUAUUUUCAUACGCACAGCUAGAAAUAUUUGCGGUUUGUCCAUAUUUAGAGUGAUUCUCAUCACGCUUGCCCAAAGUUACCCUCGUUUAGCUCGUGUCCUUAGAAUUCCUCAAAUUCCAAAGAACGUAGCAAAAUAUUGGACGAAGAUGGUGGAAGACAUAGUGUCGUACCGCGAGCGAAACAACUUGGUUAAGAGCGAUCUUCUGCAAUUGCUGAUGAACUUGAAGGGUUCCAGCUUUGUAGAACGGAAUGAUCAAAGAGGCAAUGACAACACUCUGACGAUGGACGAAAUAGUGGCACAGAGCUUCGUAUUUUUCUUAGGAGGCUUUGAGACUAGUUCCUCCACUAUGACCUUCGCCUUAUUCGAGCUGGCCAUGCAUCCGGAUAUUCAGGACCGGCUUCGGGACGAAAUCAAUUCGGUUCUAGGCAGACAUGACGACAAGCUCACGUACGAUUCGCUCAGCGAGAUGAAGUACUUGAAACAGGUUAUAGAUGAAACGAUGAGGAUUCGUCCAGUAGCGAGAAUCCUGCAGAGGUUAUGCAUGAGCGACUACAAGGUACCAGAAGAAGAUUUGGUCAUAAAGAAGGGUACUAGGGCCUUCAUUUCGAUACCGGGAGUCCAUUGGGAUGAAAAACACUGGCAAAAUCCGCAAGUAUUCGAUCCAGAACGUUUCACCGAAGAGAAAAAGAAGAAUAUGAACAAGUACACUUAUUUACCUUUCGGGCAAGGACCUAGGAUGUGUAUUGGAGCAAGACUGGGCCUGAUAGAGGUGAAGUUGGGCCUGAUUUACAUUCUGAGAAAGUUCAGAGUUAAGUUGAACGAGAAGACGAUGCUGCCUCUGAGGUUGUCAGUAAAAACCCUUUUUUCCUCUGCGGAAGGGGGCAUCUGGUUGAAUUUUGAGAAAUUAUCAUAGUAUUACUUUUAUUAAUUCAUGCCAUAAAGAUUUAUAGUACACUAGUACAAUUUAAAAAAAUGUUUGGUAACUGAUGGUAUAUCAUAUAAAUAAUGAAAUUCAUCAUAUUUAUUAUUACAUUAAUACAUAUUGUUAUGAAAUGUUAUGAUAUUUCAGAUGAUAAAUUAAAACAUACAGAAAAAGAGACCAAAAUGUAAUUUAAUUUUUUUA